AUGUCAGAAUCUUUGACAUCCCAGGUCCAGCGAAAGAUUGAGCUGCAGACCCCCGAGGACCUUUCAUAUCUGAUCAGCAAUGUGCGCAACGCGGCUGCGACGCGUCUAAACGAGGCGUUCCCCCCCGUCGACGGAGCAGGUGAUGAUGUGUUGCGCACACAGAUAGAGGCACUUGUAAAUGAGUACAUUGACAAGACCUUUGCUCUGGCGACACCAAACCUCUCGAUCAACGGCCUACCGGUCCAGAUAGAAGAUUUCAUCAAGGUGAAAAAGGGCAGCGGCAAGUCCAAGUCCAAGAGCAAGGACAAGGACAAGGAUCCCCCCGUAGCCCACGAGCCCUUUGACGCGCGGAAACGUCAGAGGGUGGCGGACCUGACGACCCAGGAGGAGAAGCUGCUGGAGGAGGUGGCCAGCCUGAAGCGCAGCGUUCCCCCCAACGCGGCGGGGGCUCAGGCCGACGUCUUGAGGGAGGGUAUGCGGCGCGAUGACGAGUUGCUGCGGGCCGUCAGGAGCAGGCUGGAGGAGCUGGGGUCGACGGACGCCUCGACAGAGGUCCAGACGCGGACGGGCGUCGAGCUGGAGCCCUUUGACAGGCAGGGGGCCGUCGAGGACGAGUACAGGCGUGCUGUCGAUGCUCUGGCCAGCUUGAAGUCGGACAUGUCGGCUGUCGUGGCAAAGAUGGAGAGGGCGAGAGUUGCCGGACAGUAUGUCGUCGAUCAGUGA